AGCGCUAAAUUUUGAAUUUGGCGUUAUCUCCCUUGCCACGUACUCUCUUACGAAAGAAGUCGGUAAACAGAGGGGUUAAAUAAUCGACACGAUGUUUCGUAAGGGAAACCUGGAAAGUUCGCCAUUAGCAUGGCACAUAUCAUUUUAGAAUAAGCAAAAUCCAAACCACCAGAAAUCAGUGCAUGUUUUAACUUACUAGUAGAUGUACAAUGCCUAUCAGGAAACUUGUUUGUUCCUAUCGGAAACUAGUGUUCAGAAGCCAGGUCAUUUUCACAGACAAAUACUUAGUAUGGACAACGACCGGAGUGUCUGUUGCCCUCUAUGGACUUGGAGAUCUGCUAGCACAGUAUUUACAGUUGAAAAAGAAAAAGAUGACACGCAUGGACACUCUGCGCUCAGGAAAAGUUGCUGCAGCCGGUUUCGUGAUCGGCCCAUUCAUACACCACUGGUAUAAACACCUGGACCGGAUAUUUCCCGGACGUAGUAUGAGAACUGUGACAAAGAAAGUUGUAAUUGAUCAGGUCAUCUGCUCUCCCAUUGUCAUAGCAUUGUAUUUAUACACCACAUCAAUAUUUGAGAAGAAAACUAUCAGUGAAAUUAACAAGGAAAUCAUGCCCAAGGGUGUUGCCUUGUUUGUGGCUGAGCUACCUGUCUGGCCUCCAGCACAGUAUUUCAGUUUCUUUUACCUCCCCACAAAAUAUAGGGGUGUAUAUGACAAUGUUAUAUCAUUUGGAUACGACUGCUUAUUUUCGUAUGUGAAGUUUGAUUCAGAAUUAGGUACAGAAUGUGCAAAGAAAGAAAUUGAGAACUUGGCAAACAGUGUUCAUAUCAAAGACAAAUUAGAAUCACAUAGUUAAUGUGAAUGCAUGUAUAUGUUGUCUAGUGCCUGCAGAAAUGGAUUUAUUUGUUUGUACUUUGAAAUCUUCUUGUGAUUUUAUUUGUUAUAUUUGAAGAAUAUAAUUAUUUUUUUUACCAAUUCAGGUAUUUAAUUAUGUUCAUGUUAUGAGGAAGUCAAAGUAUGUGCCAAAGAUUUUUUAUUGGAAUAAAUAAUUAAAAAAAAUCA